AUUAUCAGUAAUGAAUAUUACUGUCCGAAAAUUCCAUAAAAGUUCUAAUCGAAAUAAAAAGAUGAAGUUCGAAAUUGCUGCAGUUAAUAUGUGAGAUUUAAUUUCAAAUUCGUUAGCGCAUAUUUUAUAAAUAGGACAUCGGAAAAAAUGGUAGUAUAAUUACUUUGAUGAUAAUAAUUGCAAGCAAUUUUUAAACAUGUUCCGGAGGUUGUGAAAGAAAGUUUUAUAGCUCAUUAUAUAGAGAAUUCUACGCUCUACAAAACGCACUGACUUACAUUUUGCAGGAAAUCUACUGGAUGGAGAAAAGUAAACUUUAUUGAAAACAUUUUGCUUUUAAAAUUAGUCAUUUUUUAAAUGGCAGGCUUCUGAAAAAUCCAGUUCCCGGUCGAAAAAGUUUAGAAACAUCUGAUUUUGUUCAUUUUUUGAUGGACUUUGGAAUGAGACGUCAUUCGAAUAGAAUGGAUAAAAUUUGACGAAAUUAUAGGCAAAAAAUCACGGAGGGAGCUUUUUUGAAAAUCUUCGAUACACCUAAUUUUAUAAAUUCUAUAACUCGACGAAAUCAAGUCCAAACGACCUUAAAAUGUUUUCAUAACCCCAGUUUUGAUCGUAAAAUCCAAAAAUAGAAAAAUAUAUUUAGGUCAAAAAAUUUCACUUGACAGCUUUUCUUGCUGGGCUGAUAGAACGUCUCUUAACAACGAUUGACAUAUGGUGAAUAAAAUAAAGUUCACGGAUUUUCUCUAAAGAGCAUAUUAUUUGUUAUUAAAGAUACCCAUUUGGCCUAUCAAGGAAAAGAAAAAUACCUAUAUCAUCAUGAUGAAAAUCAAAAUGACAAAAAAAUAAAAGUGGGGUGAGAAAAGUGCACAGAUAUAUAUGUGGAUAAAUAAAUAACAUUGCCUCAUUUCUCACAUUACUUUUUCUACUACGUAACAUUGAAAAAGAUAGCAAACAUGUUAUUUCUUCUAAUCUUGUUCAACCUGAUUGCCGUUGGCUGUUCAAAUCCAAUAAGAAGUGAUGAGUUUAAGUGUUUUUUUCUUUGAACGAUCAUUGUGUUUUAUGUCAUAAUAGAUUUUUUUCAUUUAUAUAAAUUUAUUUAUAGUUAACAAAAUAACCGAUAACAACAAACCCACAUUUAGUUGGGUUAAAAAUGGUCAAGGUAAAGAUUACGAUUAUUCACAAGAUCAUUUAUAUGUUAAAGUUCCAUCAUCAGCUACCAAUGGUGAAUUAUCAGUGGUUGAAGAUACAUUGAAACCAGGAUUUUUUUUAGCUCGACAUCAUCAUAAAAAGAUGACAGAAAUAUUUUUCAUUAUCGAAGGUCAAGUACAACUUGUAUUUGAUGAUGAGACAAUAACAGCAAACACAGGUGAUACAAUUACGGUACCACCGAAUACAUGGCAUGCAGCUAAAUCAACUAAUGGCAGUAAAAUGUUAACUAUAUUUAAAAAUGGACAAUUUGAUCUUUAUUUAGAAAGACUAUCAAAAAUGACUGACGAUGACUUUAAAAAUGAUGAAUUAAUGAAACGUGUAUCACAUGAGUUUGAUAUUUAUAAUGAAUAG